AUGGUUCAUUCUCAUCGUCGAACAUCAAUUGAUAUUGAUGACGACGACGCUUAUGAGCUAUCGAACGAAGCUGUUGCCAAGUCGUCUCCAAGGUCAGCUUUAGAGAAAUGUGCUCGAAGUUUGGUCGAAAUUCAUCGACUGUUACGAGAAACAUCUGAAUCCAUGAGCUCCAAAGAGUCAACUCCGAGUGAUGCUGCAACUGCUAAUCAUGCACGGAAAAAAUGGUCAGCUGCUUUUCGUGUUGUACAGGGACUACAUCGGUUCAAGCUACCUUUACAUCCUCUUCUUACUCCUUAUCUCCGCCUUCAACGUUUCGAUAACAAGAUGACCACGACAACAAUGAAUCGGCGACGAAUGUCAUUACCUCAAACUCCCAUGUCCACCCCUUUAUUGGGAGUUCAAGCUUCAUCAGCUUCAUCACAUUUGUCUCCGAAACGAGAUCGAAGAACAUUGCCGCCGCGUCCCAUCAGAGUAUCUUCUGCUUCUACCAUUAUUCCUCCAGAAUACCAUCUUUAUGCUCGUCAGUCUGAACCAGACUUAUACAGCACAAUGAUUCUCGGCGGCUCGUCUGAUAUGAAAGAUCCCCUAGCACGUGCUCGCACCCGAGUAAUACCCCUGACGACAAUGGUUAACAGUAGCAACCCUACCUCUCGACCCCUAUUCAGUAAUCAAACACCUCCACCAUCACAACCUUCACAACUCCCAACAACUAAUUCUAAUCUUCCUCGACGUUUUUUACGUCGAGCACAUCAAUCUGACCUAGCAACUCGAUUUCAGAGAGAACGUGAAAUGCAUUAUUCAAACGAAAGUACUCCAAGCCGAGAAAUUGAAGAUUCUCCAGUAGAUCCAGUGUAUCUUGCUUUAAAGCAAGCUACAGGAAAGUACGGUCGAAGAGGAUCCUCAGCAAAUAAUUUGGAUUCUGGAACUCCGAGCCCGCGAAACUUAUCGCAAGUUUCAUUACAGGAUUCGGGUUAUGUGGACAUGAGCACAGCCAAUCAUGAUCCGAUGCUCGGCUCAACACCUCAUCUGGAUAAUGCCGGUCGAUCAACUGGACGACGACGUGCUCCAAAGCUGACAACACAAAUGAAGUCUUUAUCACUCGAUUAUCAGGAAAUGCCACCUAAGAUUCAAGCAGCUAAUCGAAGUCCAUUACGAUCCAAACUGGCUGCCCGAGAAUAUAGAGGUAAAAAUAGUGCAUCCGAUCUCUCGGAUUGGGAUAGAAGCUGUAGUCCAUGUACGGUGACAAGCAGAAGAAGCAGUGCUUCAUUAUCAAACUUCGGAGGACACAUAGUUAUACAUGAAUAUUGUCCGCCAAACAAUGGACCAGCUUUACAAUUAGGAGAACGUAUACGGGUUGUGGAUAAUGGUGAUCCAGAUUGGCUACACGGGUUCCGAGCGAAUGAUAGAACUGAAUAUCUGAUGUCGUUCCCGGCCACAUGUGUUGCUCCAAUUCAUGCGGGUGAGCAGCCGAUGAGAAUUCAACAAAACAUUUUUGUUGCUGAGCAGAAAUUGCGUAUGUACCGUGAUCAGAUUGUUUUUGCUCAACCGGAUACAUUGCAAGAUGGUAAGGUGACAGUACGAACUGAACACAACGCCUUUGCUGCUUGUCCUUUAUCAAGUUUAGCAUUGCUGACUUUGCAUUAA